AUGGGUCGUCCUCCGAUGCACGGCUCUUCGAGCCAGCUCCGAGCUUGUCUCAAUUGUCAGAAGCGCAAGAGCCGAUGUCAACCUAGUGUCAAUGGCCCCGGGCCAUGUUCCUACUGCGCCCGCGCGGGCAAGGACUGUAGCUUCGUGAACCCACCUGACAGGACACGGCUUACGCGGAAGAAUCUCGAUGCAAUAGAACAGCGCUGUAAUAGGCUCGAGGCUCUCAUCCGGUCACUACACCCGGGUAUGGAUAUUGAUGUCGCUCUGGCUAACCUAGAGGCUGGCCAAGAAGUUAUCAGACGGACAGAGCAAGAGUCGGACGAUGAUUCGCCUGAGCACGAGGAACCAGCGCACGAGUACGAAUGGAGUGAACCAUCAUUGCCACCAGAUUUCGACUGUCAGAACGAUGAAGCCGGAGCUAUGGAUGGUAUGGCUACGCUGAACAGCCUUGAUGCUGGAUAUUUAGGCAGUAGUUCGGGUGCCAACUUACUACAAGAAAUCGCAUCGAUGCUCCCAGAGCUCGCGGCGUCAAAUUCCCCUGCCACAAGUCACGGGAAAUCUCCCAGCCAGACGCAUAAGUCGAAGGCGUCACUUGAUCCGCCAAAUCUUGCAAAUGAAUCAUUGACAAGCUAUCUCAUCGAUGCGUACUUCUUAUUCUAUAACGUCUCGUAUCCAAUUCUUCACGAACGACCAUUCCGUCAGAAACUUGCCGCUCGGGGCAUGCGGCGUGCUAAGUCAUCAUGGAACAUCAUCUACUACCUGGUCUUGGCCAUCGGCCAUUGGAUAUCGACUUCGGAUAAACACCACGCAGUAUCUCGGUUCUAUACCGCGGCGAGGAAUGCUCUGUCAAUCCACAUGUUGGAGUCAGGGUCACUCGAGACUGUCCAAGCACUUCUACUGAUGGGCAACUACCUGCAGAAGAUGGAUAAGCCAAACACAGGCUACCAGUUCAUUGGCAUCGCAUACAAAAUGGCACUUGGGCUUGGGAUGCAUCGGGAAACGCCGAAAUUGGAAGACAACGUUGGGCUUGAAAGGCGGAGGCAGUUGUUCUGGGUUCUUUACUGCUUCGAUAGCGGGUUCAACAUUACAACUGGGAGACCACCCUAUGCGCAAGAAGGCAUCAUUGAUACCGCAAUACCAAGAAAUGUCGACGAUAAGGAUCUUGAACCCACCAUGCCAGUGCCUCCUGAAGUCAACACGCCAACGACACUAUCCGCCAUCAUCGCACAAGCAGAACUCGCUAAGCACGCAAAUUCCCUGUAUCUCGAAUAUCUCACAGCGAAAACAGCAAACACGAAAGUCGAGUACCAAGUAGCCGAGACCAUAGAACAAACCCUCACCGAUUGGCGGCAGCGGCUCCCACAGUACUUUACUUCCGUAGACGUCCCAGUAUGGUUCACUGGUCCACGGGCUGUUGUUUUGUGGAAGGAGCAGAACCUGCGAAUUAUCCUUUGGCGUGGAAGCAAGCGGAGCCAUCCAUAUCUCCCCAACAAGACUAAUGCCGAGACACGGUGUCUUGAUGCUGCCAUGCAAAGCAUAAACGACAUAACAACUUUCUGCAGUGCAAAUGAGGGUAUCCUGCAUCUGGGAAUUGUCUGGUAUGCCACAUACUUUCUGUUCCAAGCCGCCCUUGUUCUUGAAGCGAGCUACCUUGACCGCGAGGCCCAUGACAAGCUCGAUAACGAGACGACGGACUGGCGAAUGAUGGUCUACAAAGCGCAAAGUUGUCUGGUGACUUUCUCAAGCAGGAGCAGAUCAGCCAAGAGGUGCUUGGAGGUGCUGGAACUCAUAAACAGAAGGGCAGAAACAGCAGCGAACACUCGGCGAACUGUUCUCACUGUGCCCGAGCUUGUUGAAGAAGCCCCAAUUGCGCUCCAAACCCCAGUACUUGAUACUGAGACAUCACAAAUACCGGUGGAUCUACAGACUCUUGGUGAUGGGGAUCUGUCGAUGGGCGCCUGGACACUGAACGAUGAUGGAUCAGAUCCUACGAUGAGGAUGAUUCUGGAUAAUACUCCAUGGGGCUACCUCGAUAAUACACCUAUGGACACCCUGUUCAGCGAUUGGUUUCCCCAAGAUACUUUUGAAGGAUAA